CCGGGGCGGGCUCGCACCCCGAGGAGACACGGGCCUCCCCGCGCCCACCUUUGAUCGCGCCGCCUUCCCCGCCCCCGGCCCGGGAGGGUAUAAGUGGAGCCCGCGCCCCUCCGGGCGGCGCGCUGGGCUCCGGAGCGAUGGCCGCAGCCGAGUCCAGUGAGCUCCAGUUCGCCGAGGGCGCCGCGUUCCCAGCGUACCGGGCUCCCCACCCCGGCGGGGCGCUCCUGCCGCCCCCGAGUCCCGCCGCAGCCCUGCUCCCCGCACCACCCGCGGGCCCCGGCCCAGCGCCCUUCGCGAGCUUCCUCGGCCGGGAUCCCGGGCCGGCCCCGCCGCCCCCAGCCAGCCUGGGCUCUCCUGCGCCCCCCAAAGGCGCGGCCGCCCCGUCCGCGUCGCAGCGCCGCAAGCGCACGUCUUUCAGCGCAGAGCAGCUGCAGCUGCUGGAGCUCGUCUUCCGCCGGACCCGGUACCCCGACAUCCACCUGCGCGAGCGCCUGGCCGCGAUCACCCUGCUCCCCGAGUCGAGGAUCCAGGUAUGGUUCCAGAACAGGCGUGCCAAGUCCCGGCGUCAGAGUGGGAAAUCCUUUCAACAUUUGGCUAGGCCGGAGAUUAUCCUCAACCACUCUGCUCCUGGAACUGAAGCGAAAUGUCUGAAGCCCCAGCUGCCUCUUGAGGUGGAUGUGAACUGCCUGCCUGAUCCAAACGGGGUUGGAGGGGGCAUCUCUGACUCUAGCUCCCAAGGUCAGAAUUUUGAAACCUGUUCCCCUCUCUCUGAAGACAUUGGUUCAAAACUGGACUCAUGGGAGGAACACAUCUUUUCUGCCUUUGGUAACUUUUGAGGAUUCUGGGAGAAUUCGGGAUAAGCUCUGAGGAGUCAUGACUGAUAGCCUGGGAGAGACACAUCCGCAUACUGUCCUUUCUGACUUCCAUGCUAAGGACAUGUGCUUGUUAACCUUGACGAUGUUA